CUGCAUUAUUAACCAAGAAAAAUAUCAAGUCGUCUCUCUCGUCAUGAAGUAAUCUUAAAAGGCUUUGCCAAGAAUAAUUUUCAGUUUUUCAACUCCAAAUACUUGAUCAAAAUUAGUCCUUUAGCCAAGAAGAGAAAAUGGCUUUGGUUGGAGAGGCUUUGCUAUCCGGUUCGAUCAAGGUGUUGUGCGACAAGAUUGCCUCCGGACAGUUCAUGGACUUCUUCCGGGCAAGAAGACUCGACUAUUCACUCAUGGACAGACUGGAGGUGACGUUGAUGACCCUCCAUGCAGUGCUCAACGAUGCAGAGGAGAAGCAGAUCGUCAACCCUGCCGUCGGGAUGUGGCUAGACGAGCUCAAACAUGCUGUGUUCGAUGCCGAGGACUUGGUGGAUGAGCUUGAUACUGAAGAUUUGCGUCGCAAGGCCAAAGAUCAGACUAAGAAAAUCCAGGUGCGGGACAUCCUUUCUACCUCCCUUAAUCCUUUUCAUUAUAAAUCCUUGAAUCGUAGAAUAGAAGAUUUGUUCAACAAGUUGGAACACCUUGCAAAACAAAAAGACAACCUCGGUCUUAGAGGAGGUGUUGGGGGCAAUGUUUCACAAAGAACUCCCACAACUUCUGUUGUUGAGGACGAAUUUUGUACCUAUGGAAGGGAUGGCGAUAUAGAAAAGUUAAAAUCUCUACUGCUGCUAUCUGACAAUGAAAGUAGCAGUAAUUUUUCUGUAGUCCCUAUAGUCGGAAUGGGCGGGGUUGGUAAGACAACUCUUGCUCAACUCCUUUACAAUGAUGAACAAGUUAAAGACCACUUUGAUACUCAUGCUUGGGUUUGUGUUUCCGAACAGUAUGAGGGUUUGAGGGUUAUUAAGACCCUUAUUGAGGAAAUCACUAAAAAGCCUUGUGACAAUUUGGAGAUGAAUUCCCUUGAAGUUCAACUAAGGGAACAGCUGAGGGGAAAGAGAGUUUUACUUGUCUUGGAUGACCUUUGGAAUGAAAAUUAUAAUGAGUGGGAGCGUCUACGAAUUCUUUUCACGUAUGGGGCAAAGGGAAGCAAGGUCAUUGUAACAACAAGGAGUAGACGUGUUGCAUCCAUUGUGCACAAUACUAUUCCUAUUCACAACUUAGAAAAUUUGUCAGAUGAAGAUUGUUGGUUGUUACUAGCAAAACAUGCAUUUAGAAAUGAAAACCCCUAUGAACAUCCAAACUUGGUUGAAAUUGGUAAGCAAAUUGCACGUAAGUGCAACGGUUUGCCUCUAGCUGCAAAAACGCUAGGGGGUCUCUUAAGUUGCAACCUAGACUACAAGGAAUGGAAUCACAUAUUGAAUAGCAAUCUUUGGGAUCUACCGCAUGCUGAUAGUGUUCUUCCUUCUCUAAGAUUGAGCUACCACUAUCUUCCAACUUACUUGAAACGAUGCUUUGCUUAUUGCUCAAUUUUUCCAAAAGACUAUGAAUUUGAAAAAGAGAAUGUAAUUCCACUAUGGAUGGCAGAAGGCUUAAUUCCUAAUGCAAAGAACGAGAAAGCUAUGGAGGAGGUUGGUGAAAGAUACUUUGACGAACUGUUAUCGCGGUCACUAUUUCAAAGACCAAGAUUGGAUCAACCAAGUUUCACAAUGCAUGAUCUUAUCAAUGACUUGGCUAUGUUUGUGUCUGGAGAGUUUUGUUUAAGGUUGGAUCAGAAAAAUUCACAUGAAGUUCCUAAAAGAGUUCGCCACUUGUCGUAUAUGCGAGGAAAAUUUGAUACAUCUCCAAAAUUUGAGCCACUAGAAGGAGUCAAGUGUUUGCGUACCUUCUUUCCAGCGUCUUUAGCACCAUAUUACCGUUGGGAUCAUGAAUAUGUAAGCAACAAGGUUCUAGAUGAUUUACUACCAGCACAAAAAUAUUUACGAGCAUUUUCAUUGUCAAGAUACAAAAACAUCACUCACGUACCUGAUUCCAUUGGUAACCACAUACACUUGCGCUACAUUGAUCUCUCUUAUACGACAAUUAAAAGGUUACCAGAUACAGUGUGUACCCUCUACAAUUUACAAACUCUGUUGUUGUUCGGUUGUUCUUCUCUUGUUGAAUUGCCUGCAGACAUGAGGAAAUUGAUUCAUUUGCGUCAUCUUGAUAUUGGUGGAACUAACAUAAAAGAGAUGCCUGUGCAUAUGGGUAGACUAAAAAGUUUGAGAACACUGACAGCUUUUGUGUUGGGGAAAUCUUCUGGGUCAAGCAUUGCAGAAUUGAGGGAGUUGUCGCACCUUGGAAGAAAAAUUUCUAUCUUGAAUCUGCAAAAUGUAGUCGGUGCUAUUGAUGCCUUGCUGGAGGAUAAGAAAGAUCUCAACGAGGUAGAGUUGUCAUGGGGUCGUGUGGUUUCCAAUGAUUCCGUAAAAGAGAGAUAUGUGCUCGAAAGACUUCAACCUUCGGUAAAUUUGGUGAAGCUAACCAUCAGGUGUUAUGGCGGAAUCAGUUUCCCGAAUUGGGUGGGAGACUCGUCCUUCUCCAACUUACAAGUGAUGCGUCUCAGUGACUGUGGUAAUUGCAGUUCAUUGCCACCAGUUGGUCAGCUACCUGCUCUGAAAGAGCUCUACGUAGAAAGGAUGAAAGUUGUUAAGAGUGUUGGUGUUGAGUUGUACGGCGGAAAUCAACCAUUUCAAUGUUUAGAGAAGUUAGAGUUUUGGGAGAUGCCAGAGUGGGAGGAAUGGCAGCCAAGUCCAAGUGGAGGUGAAAGUCCAGACUUUCCUCGUCUUGAGGAGCUGAGGUUAUUCUCAUGUCCGAAGCUGAGAGGAAACAUGCCCAUUCGUCUUCCUUCCUUGAAAAUACUUCAGGUCUUGGCAUGUGAGGUUCUACAUGAAAACAGGGCCAGUAAUACCCUGAACGCGGAAUCCUUACGGGAAUCUCUUAAAGAACUGACAAUAAAGGGAUGCCCGGGUCUCUCAUUAUUACUAGAGUCGACGGAGACGCUGCCAUCGCUUCAGAUGCUCCGUAUUGGUAGUGUUGGUGGAAGCAAAUGGUUGCCGCAAAUGAUGCACAACAGCAAUCGUCUUCAAAGUUUGACAUUAUGGGGAUGUUCCUCACUCUUGUCGUUCCCUACAAAUGGUCUGCCCACCACGCUGACGUCACUCGGUAUAGAAAAUUGCAAGAAAUUAGAAUUCCUAUCAGGUGAGAUGAUGGCCACAUUGACUUCCCUUCAGUCUUUGAGUCUAUCCGACAGCUGUGAUUCUCUGAGGUCGUUCCCUUUGGGCAUUUUCCCCAACCUUUCAUCUCUUUCUAUCGGUAAUUGUGAGAAUCUGGAAUCUCUUUCAGUUGAAGGAGGAGCAGAUGAAAAUCUCAGCCAUCUCAACUCCCUGGAUAUUAAUGGAUGUCAAAAUCUUGUCUCUUUUCCCGACGGGGGAUUGCCCACUCCCAACCUCACUUCCUUUCAAGUCUUAUACUGUGACAAUUUGAAGUUGUUGCCGGACCGCAUGCACACCCUCACCGCCCUUCAAGAUUUGGGGAUAGCCAAUCUUCCAAAUGUGGUGUCAUUUGCACAAGGGGGUUUGCCUCCCAACCUACAAUCAUUUGGGAUCGUCGGAGUAAGCAAGGAUCUGGUGGAGACGUUGCUCAAUGAACAGCUGCUCCCUGCCACUCUUCACCAUCUCGAAAUCUGUGGUGUAUGGAAUCUGAAAUCUUUGGACGGAAAGGGACUUGAGCACCUUACUUCUCUUCAAAAGCUAGAAAUUUCAGGCUGCCAGAGUCUCGAAUUCCUGCCAAAAGAGGGUUUGCCGGCAUCUCUUUCUUAUCUGAGCAUCGAGGGUUGUCCUUCUCUGAAGAAGAAGUAUCGGAACAAGAAGGGAAAAGAUUGGAGAAACAUAGCUCGCAUUCCUUGCAUAAACAUAGAUGAUGAAAUCACCAUCAUAUGAGCUUUCAUUUCACUCUCUCCAACUCUCAACUCUCAACUCUCAAGACAAAAGCCAGGAGAGCGGCGAGGGGAGUGAAUUAUUUGUAGUCUGAUAAUGUGGAACUACUUGGGGUGGAUAUGUAUGAUUCUCCUGCAUGACGAGCGAGCAAGCAAACCUGUAAAGAUAGGAUUAUCAAAAGGUGCUCUGAUUUUCUGGACUGUCAAGUUUGAAAUCUUUUGGGUGGAAAUGUGUGAAAUUCUGUUCCUGGAUUUCACUAUUGCAAACUAUGUAUUGGUAUCAAGGAGAAUUUAUAUUAUUUUUGGAAAUUUAUAUUAACUUUAGAUUUUAAUUAAACUAAUUACGAAGUUUGAAUUUU